AUGAGGGGAGACUCAUACUUCUUUGGAAUGCGAGGCCUCAGUCACUAUGGCUGCAUCCCGGAGGACGGAGGACAGUUCUUACUCUACUCUAUAAAUGGAGACAAGGAUUUAAAGAGAUGUUUUGCAGAGGAAGAUUUUCAUGAAAUAAUUGACUUCAACGAUCUCCCGAAUUCUCUCUUUGCUUGUAAUGUUCACCAGUCUGUGUUUGAAGAUGAGGACAGUAAGGAAAAAUUUGAAGGCUUGUUCCGUGCCUAUGAUGACUGUGUGACAUUCCAGCUGUUUAAAAGCUUCAGGCGUGUGCGGAUAAAUUUUAGUAGUCCCAAAUCAGCUGCUCGUGCCAGAAUAGAGCUGCAUGAAACACAGUUCAGAGGGAAGAAGUUAAAGUUGUAUUUUGCACAGAUUCAGACCUCUGAGACAGAUGGAGACAAGCUUCAUUUGGCACCACCACAGCCUGCAAAACAGUUUCUCAUCUCGCCUCCAGCCUCCCCACCUGUAGGGUGGCAACCAAUAGAUGAUGCAACACCUGUCAUCAACUACGACCUCCUUUAUGCAGUUUCUAAGCUAGGACCAGGAGAGAAAUAUGAGCUGCACGCAGGAACGGAGUCCACUCCCAGUGUGGUAGUGCAUGUCUGCGACAGCGACAUGGAAGAAGAUGAGGACCCAAAGAAUUCUCCAAAGCCAAAAAUCAUUCAAACUCGACGCCCUGGUCUGCCACCUCCUGUAUCUAACUGAGCCUCUCCGGCAGAAGCAGCACUUCUCUCCUCCAGCACAGCUUUUGGUUUUUGUUUGCUUUGUUUUGUUGAAAGGCAGCCAUUGCCUUUUGAGUACCAGGACAUUAAACUCAUUGAAAUCCCUUCACAGUAAUCAAGCCUAUGUAAUAAAAGGGCUAGGAAAAAGAUCUUUGUAUAUGUAGCCAUAUCACACACCAACUAAUAGAUUUUUCUGGAAAGGACAAAACAAGGCUCAAGAAACAAGGAAGGGUUUCAGUCUGAGGAUUUUUUCACAGCUAUAAUUUGCAUGCUGAAACACCACUACCAGAGAGAUCGUUCAGGGUGGGAAAUCAGGCCGAUACCAGGCUUGAUGUUCAAACUCCCAGAAUACUUGCUGCUGCCCUUCAUCAAGCAGCCUGCUCCUCUGACCUCCUCAGUUCCCCAGCAGACCUUAGCCUUUUCCCUUUUUCCUUUUUUUUUUUUUUUUUAAGGGUGGGUAUGUGUGUUGUUUUUAAUAUACUAGCAGCUUGGUGGCCUUUUCAUCCCCCUGGAAUUUUCUGUAGGGAAUGCUAUCUUUGCAACGUUUAUAGAAACAGCAGAAAAACACCCUCUUCCACCAACAGCUGUAGAGUACGCUGGUCCUAAUGGUGGCAGGGAUGCAAGACAGAGCUCUCUGGGCUGAGGGGAGAGGCAGCAGCUUGCUGGAGGGUCUGGUGUCUUUCAGUCCUUCUCGCUGAGGAGGAGGGAGCCAGAAUAUCAAUAGGGAUUGUCGUUUUACCUUCCAUAAAGGUACGAGUGGUACUUCUGAGUUUGAGGAAGAAAGCGAAGCUAACUGACGGCGCAUUUAAGAUGGGAUUCAUUGCUCUCUGUCAUAGCUGUAAGUUCUAGUAAUGAUACAGGCUGAAUGCUUUCCUAGUGGUGUGUUGAAUAGCCCUGAAACUGUUAGUAAUUACUCGUACAUCUCUAAUAGCCAGACCUUUUCCCUCCCCACUUCCUGUGCUUUAAAGCCCUUUUUGAGCUGUAUGCAGUUUGGGUUUGUGGAGGUGAGGAGAGGCUAGCUGGUGUUCUUUGUUGGGUUUUUUUCUCUUUUUUUAGGCCAAAGAAAACAGGACCAUAAUUACACACUUGAAACUAGACUGCAUGCAGUUGAAACCCCUUUUCUCACUCUGUCCUGCAUGUUUCUUUCACUUGCAAUGUAUACUGGGUUACAACAAUUGUUCUGUGUUUUCAUCAUGGCUGACAGCAGACAGAUACCGGAUUCCCUGUCCGGCAGACCUUCCAUGAUGAUUUCUUUUUUUUAUGCGUAUUUGUCAUUUUGAGAACAUAUUUUCUAGACGUUUGAGCUCAGAUUUUGCAUAUAUUUAAGCAUGCGCUUAAUUUAUGCACAUGAGUAGUUCCUCUGAAAUUAAUACUGCAGAAAACUGAGCACGUGUAAGAUACGGUGGGAUUUUUAAGCUAAUAAGCUGCAGCUGUACUCCCAAAAGUGACUAUAAAAUGGCGCAGUGAGAUUCCACGGUUUAAAAUCCUUUACAAGUGAAGAUAAGUAAAUAGAUCUUGGAAGCUCAUUCUAAGAUCUGGACAGUCAGCUUCGGUUCUGUAAUCAAGAUUUUUGUCAUAAAACCUAAUGGUCUGGUUUCUGAGGGAGGGUUCCAUUCCACCCUUAAUCAGCAGUGAGGCUACAAGCUUCAGCAGAGUCAAGUCCCCCUUGCUGGGGUCUUGGCUCUGCAGUACUUCCAGGAAGAAAAGCCUGUUGCUUUGUCGGUGAAGACAGGAGAUGCCACUCUCCGUAUGUAUGGUGAGGACGUUCUGAGAAUGAGGACUUAACAUUCUCAUGUAGUUCAUUCUCUGACCACCACAGCCCCCUAAUACUCUUGUUGAGAUGUAGUGCUUUACUUAGCAUAUAUCUAUAAUGUGAUACUUGUUACUGCAUUAUGGGCAUCGUCGUGUGCGUGUUACACUAAUAGAAGCACAUUAAAUACAGCAGAGACUGAACAAAAAAUGGGGCUAUAGUAUCCUCAUGGUAUCUGUGUAAAGUUGUCUUAACUCCUUAGAGGUUUCACGUCAAUUAUUUUUUCAGUGAUGCAUUUAGAAUUGGUUUAAAUAAAUAAAUUGUCACUCACUGCCCUAGAACUAUAACCUGAUGUUCCGUCAUAGGCCACCUACGAUAUUUCAGGAGUAACGCCACUGUCUUUUUUGGGAACAUACAGAACGCUAAGGUCCAUGGGUUUAGACCAGUAUAAACAGGGAGAGUAAGAUUUAAACGCGUAAGAUUUUUUGUUGAUAUAUGCUGUAUGGAAGAAAUUACUGGCCACAUCCUCAACUGAUGUAAGCGAUCAGAGAUCAUCUCCAAUCGAAGUUGAUACUCUGGAUUUUUUUACAUGCAAAAGUGUUGGAGGCCGAAUCUAGUCCUUAUAUCCAUGUACCCAAACUUUGGAAAUGCAGAGUUUGGCCUCAAAUGAUGUAAAACUAUACUGCAAAUUCAAGCAUUGGAUCUUAAAUGUUCUUUCCUCAAAAUGCAUUUUCAGACAGAUUUAAACCCAGGCCCCAUUCACUGACUACUCUUUGUCUUUAUAAAACUAUGUGGUACUACCCAGGAGGGAGUGAACAUAGCUCAUUGGUUAAAGCACAGAAAUAGAAGCACGACUACAAACCUGAAAACUCAAAGCAGCCCAUUUUAACUAUGGUCAAAGCUUAUGUAUCACCUUUGCAUGAUAAAAUAACGGUCAUGGUAGAAAAAUGUUUCGGGUAUUACGGAAUAAUGUCCCUAUCGUAAAAGUAACAGCAUUUGUGACUCUUAAGAGAACCUGGUAUUUUGCUAAAGGCUGGUUCUUGCCUGGCACGGAAGAAAGGCUUCUUUCAAAAAAUGCUGACCAUCUGGAGGAGUAACUGUCCUAUUUAAUUCAGUAAUUCACAGACAGAGCCCCUACUUACUCCCGUGGGAGUUUCCCUUGUGAGCUCAGUCCCUCUGACUCGCACUUUUCACAGGGUGGCCACAGUGCCAAAGUAGAUUCUCUCAUGUCGUAAUACUAUAAACAAGAGUGAAACCUCUGUGUUGCAUUCCAGCUUCUGAUGCACAGGGACACAGACGUGUCCUUUUGAUUUCCCUUCCAAAGCAGGAGCCGGUGGGAGCGGCUGGCAGCGAUGUCCUGGGGCGCUCUGUGGGCCGGACAUUGCUCCUGCUGCUGGCUGGAAAGGGAAGGAAAUCAGGGGUGUGCAGCUUCUGUUGCCCGCUGCCUGCUUGUCCUUUCUGACCCCUGCAGAUACCAAAUGGAAAUUUCAACGACUUCCUAAGUACAGUUAAAAGCGAGAAAACAUUUACAACACAUGGAGAAAGUGUAUUUUGGAACAAAAGAACAAAGAAUUUCUGUGGCCUUGACUUUUGUAAUUAGGACAAGGUAGUACAAACUCCCCCCUUCCUAACAGGUACAUACACGCUCAAGUACGCUUUGUUUUCAGCAAGAAAACAUGGCAAGAGCAUCCCUUCCUCAACCAUAACAAGACUACAGACAUAGUUAUUGUGAAGUGCUUUAUAUUAUAAAAGUGUGCCCCACGGAUAAAUUGUUUAACGUUUAUUUGAUCCUAAUUUGGGUAGGAGAGGUGGGUUGUUUUUAUUUUGGCGUUUUUCCCCCUCCCACCCAUUCCGCAACAGCGAAAAAGCUUUCUGCAAAAACACAGACUAUUCUUUGUACAGAGUAACGGACUGAACCGUCUUGCAAGGCUUGAUUACAGUGGUACGUCUGAGCACUGUGACGGAUGAUGUUAGCAUUUCCAUUAUAUUGUACAUACUUUUGAAAUAUUCUAUUUAGUCAUAUUUUAUAGGAGUAUUAAAAAGCUAUUGGCUAAUUAAUCACUUUUACACUUGUAUAAUUCAGAGCUUAGUUUAAAAAAUAAAUAUGGCGAACAAUAUUUUUGUGUUCUGCUUGCGCUGGCAUUUUGAAAAGCAACAUUUAAAGAGUUAAACUACGUUAAUAAACUGACUAGUGUGGUAC